AUGAAGGUUCUCAUGAACGGAUGGUCAACUGUUAGUAUGCUAGCUUCGGUAGCUGCGAAGAAGACCACGGAAUUGACCGCAACAGCUGCCGAAAAAACGAAACAACUCGGCGAGACUGUUCAAACUAAGAUUAAGGAAGGCCAUUUAUUAGAUACCAUUACAGAUGGGGUUUCGAACCUCUCUACCAAGGUCCAAACCUAUCUCCAUGCUUCUGGAGAAGGUGGAAGUAGUUUUGCAGAAUACAAUGAUCGUCCAUUCCAGAGACAACCUCAGUCUUUUGACCAAACUUUGACUGGAGUUUCCAAUUCUCGAUCAACAUACGGUGCACUUGCGGCAGAUUCAGCCCGCAACGUCAAAAGUCUAGAUGACAAUGCAUUCGACGGUGAUGGAUGGGGUGCGGAUUUUUCACCAACUAAAACUGAAGCGCGAAAGCCAGCUAAAGAGUCGGAGAAAGACGAUUGGUGGAAUUCUAAUUGGGAGUCUGAAGACGAUGGCGACGGAUGGACGACUGUUGGUUCAACAGUGAAUGCAACCUCCACAGCCAAUAAUCAACGUCUUUCUGAAACGACAACUCGACGAAGUAAAUGA